UUUUGUCGCGCAAACAACAAUACUUUCUUCAUCAACCAAUUCAGCCCCGGCCAGAAACAGCGGGUAAGUGAGUCCAGCCUCGGCCGCAUUUCCCUCGGAAAUACGCUCCGCAAAACUAAUAAUGCGCUGUGCCAGGAGAGGAAUCUGGUCUUCGUGCACGCAGGAUCGCCGGUAGAGAAGAAUGAGUGCUGCGAGACGUCGAUUCCUCCGCAAGCAUCGCCGGCAAGGUCGAAUCGAAGGUCGACGAAUUGCCUCUCCAGAUUUAGAAAGAGUUCAUUCUCGGCUGGAUUCAGGCAUCCUUCUCCCUCGCUUUGGACAGGCUUAACGCGAGGGAUUUUCUAUGACGCCGGCCUUCGCUUGCUGGAGGACGAGGAAGAUGAACUCGAGCGUUGUCUGUCUUGCGGGAGGAAUCUAGCCCAAGGCACUUCCGCUUCGGAAAACGGCAAUGGCGAAGAGGCAGCAAUGUCGGAGGGAGAAGUAGCCUCUAAUUCAUCGGUCUCGGACCCUGCCACUCCAGACAUGAUUAGACUCAUAACGUCGUGGUAG